AUGACGCCAGUCGACGAACGGAUGUGGUCGGACCGGAGCCCGUCGACGAGCAGCGACAACGCCACUCCGCCCAUGCACGCAUCCCAGUCUGAGAACGAGAGCGAAGGCCACACUUUGAAACUCGGCCCUGCCGCUCCCAUGCGAACUUCUCCGGGCCAGGCAGACAGCAUGCUCGUAAACUCGCCCGCCCAUGGGCGACGCCCUUCUCUCAGUGGUCCGCUCAAACUCAAGCGGCUCCAGGCCCUGGCUCGCAAUGACAGUGCCCCAGACGAGUCCGAAGUCAAGUCCGAGGCUCAGUUCCAGCGCCUCGUCGCUUCCUUCGCUGCUCUCCCCACACAACCUCAGACUCCUGCCGUCCGCGACCGAGGACGGUAUCCAGAGGAAGCCGCGGACCAGGACGAUCCCAGCGGUGACCCCAGCGACGGUGACGACGAGCUGGAACCGGAACAAGAUGAUUAUCCGCCGUUUGCCUUUGCCGAGCCUCGUAGCGCCCCUAUCGCCAUCGUUAACCCGCGGACGCCCGGAGCUAGCGUAAGUGGAAGCGUGAACGGAGACGACAGUCCAGGUGGUGGCGUCACUGCCAUGGACAUUGACACGAUCCCCAACUCGCUCAGCGAAAGUCCGAGCGUGUCCAUAGCAUCCUUGCGAAGCACGGAACUGCAUCAAUGGAGGUACACGCCACCGCCCACGGCCACUACUGUCGUCCGCACGAACAAGCGGAAAUACGACGAGCGCUUUGACCCGUACCCUGCAUCAAAGAGGCGCGCUGUCUCACCUUCGGUCUCCUCGCUGCAUGGCGGGCACACCUCUCUAUCGCCUAUCUACAUCCCCCGGCCACGGCCGGUGCCGGUGCCCGCUUCGCUGCCAUCCUCACCUACGGUCUCCCAUUCACAUUCGAGUUCCAUCAGGCUGAACAGUAGCGUGGCGAGCAGUCCCACGAUGCGCGCCAGCAUGGGCCUGGCUAGCCCUAUCACGAGGCCGAUCAGGCUGAAUAGCGUUAGCAGGACGCGGCCCGACGAAGAGCGCGAGGUGAACGGCGCUGGUGACGGGGUUGGAGGCUUGACGUUGGAGUAG